CGAGGGUACAUGCCAUUAAUAUUGAUAUAUUGCUUAGAACUAGGCCGUUCUGAACUUCUGCUUAUGUAUAACAUCUUAUCUUGAGCCACAUAACUCAUAGGCUACUACAGUCGCCAGACCGACAUCACCGCCCGUACUACGCUUUCUCAUUCCUUCUCACAGACCAAUUAGCUCUCUCUUUACUCAACCUUGUACAUUUCCUUACAUCCAACAUGUCCUGGAAACUAGGCACUUCCAAAAAGGCUAAGGACGUCAGAGAAAAUGGCGUCGUCUCACGAUCCGUCACACCGAUACCGUCGCGGCCCACAACUCCCAAGCCUUCUGGUGCUCUCGACCAGCAAGCCCAUCUUCGAUCUGGUAUGCUCACGAUUCGUAUCUUCUCCGGACGCGGUCUCUCCUUAGCACCUGGCGUGCAUGUCCCAGAGGUCAUCCAGAAAGCGCUUGACAACCCACCUGCACGAAGGUCGACCAGCAACCGCGAAAGCAUGCAGAGGAGGCGAUUGUGGUGGCUUCCAUAUGUUGUCCUCGAGUUCGACAACAAUCAAGUUCUGGUAGACGCCAUGGGCGGAGAUCUAGCCAACCCUGUGUGGUCGUACCGGGCAGACUUUGAUGUGUCCCGCACAUCGACAAUAUCAGUCUCAUCAUAUCUUCGAACUGCCGCUGCGGUACACAGCCAAGAAGAUAUGGGUAACGACCUGCUCAUGGCCCGUGUAGAUCUUACACCUGUACUUGACGGACAUCAUGCUUCAGAUCAAUGGUACAUUGCCACCGCCGGCACUGGCUCGUUUCACCUCAAAAUCGACUACAGACCAAUAAGGAACGAGUCUUUGACUAUCGAUGCAUUUGAUUUGUUGAAAGUGAUUGGCAAAGGGAGCUUUGGUAAAGUGAUGCAAGUGCGCAAAAAGGAUACGCAGCGGAUAUAUGCCCUCAAGACCAUUCGAAAAGCCCAUAUCGCGUCACGCCCCGGCGAAAUCACGCACAUAUUGGCUGAGCGGACGGUCCUGGCACUGGUCAACAAUCCAUUUAUCGUUCCACUUAAAUUCUCUUUCCAAAAUCCUGACAAGUUAUACCUCGUAAUGUCAUUCGUAAAUGGCGGCGAACUCUUCUAUCAUCUGCAGAGGGAAGGUAAAUUUGAUCAAGAUCGCAGCCGAUUUUACGCCGCAGAGCUUCUAUGUGCACUUGAGCAUUUGCACGGAUUUAAUGUAGUAUACCGCGACCUGAAACCUGAAAAUAUACUACUCGAUUACACGGGUCAUAUCGCUCUUUGUGAUUUUGGUCUUUGUAAACUCAACAUGUCAGAGACAGAGAAAACAAACACGUUCUGUGGCACACCGGAGUACAUUGCUCCAGAGCUACUUGAGAGUCAGGGGUACACGAAGACGGUUGACUGGUGGACGCUCGGUGUCCUGCUCUACGAAAUGAUGACGGGACUACCCCCUUUCUAUGACGAGAAUGUCAACGUAAUGUAUCAACGCAUCCUCAGUGACCCACUUCAAUUUCCUUCGGAUAUGCCAUCAGAGGCCAGGAGCGUCAUGAUCGGUCUCCUUCAGCGUGAUCCUGUCCGACGUCUGGGAGCAAAUGGUGGUGAAGAGAUCAAGCGUCAUCCUUUCUUCGCCAAAUAUGUUGACUGGAAUAGGCUGCUCCACAAAAAGAUUCAACCACCGUUCAAGCCAAGUGUUGAAUCCGUACUCGACGUGGCUAAUUUCGACCCGGACUUCACUAACGAGGACCCUCAAGACUCCGUUGUCGAGGACUCUGCUCUUUCGUCUACCGUGCAAGAGCAGUUUAAGGGAUUCACGUACAAUCCCGCCAAUGAGCACCUCAGCGAGAGCGUCAACUAUGGACACGCAAUGGGUUAAACCCCCGCAAUGAUUAUUUAUUAUUUGUAGUGCGCCGGGGUGCUCUCGAAAGGUUUACGGAUAUUUUUUUCGUCCCAGUCCGCUUUGUGUGUAUUUAUACAUUCGCAUGCACUCGUCGUUUUCGCCUCUGUGUGAUUUUGUUGCACCUUUUCUUUCCGAUCAGUGGUAGGAGUUAAUGGCAUGUCAAUUUUCAUCCAUGUAAUACAGGCUUUUCUGUCUCUCGUGCUCGUUCUGGUUAUGGAAAGCUUA